GAAAGCCAACUACUACGGCUCCCUGCUCCAAGCCUCCACCGUGUGCCUGGGCACCGGCCCCACUGGGGACGUCUACGUGCCCUUCCGGGACCUGCUGCCCAUGGUGCACCCCAACGACAUCAUCUUUGACGGCUGGGACAUCUCCUCGCUGAACCUGGCGGAGGCCAUGCGGCGGGCGGAGGUGCUGGACUGGCCGCUGCAGGAGCAGCUCUGGCCCCACAUGGAGAAGAUGAAGCCCCGACCCUCCAUCUACAUCCCCGAGUUCAUCGCCGCCAACCAGGAGGAGCGGGCGGACAACGUCCUCCAGGGCUCCAUGGCUCAGCAGGUGGAGCAGAUCCGCAGGGACAUCCGGGACUUCAAGGAGAUCAUGGGGCUGGACAAAGUCAUCGUGCUGUGGACGGCCAACACCGAGAGGUUCUGUGAUGUCGUGCCGGGGCUCAACGACACCGCCGAGAACCUGCUGAGGGCCAUCGAGAAAGGCCUGGAGGUGUCCCCGUCCACGCUCUUCGCCGUGGCCUCCAUCCUGGAGGGCUGUGCCUACAUCAACGGCUCCCCCCAGAACACCUUCGUGCCGGGGGCCGUGGAAUUGGCCGCCCAGCGCCGCGUCUUCAUCGGCGGCGACGACUUCAAGUCGGGUCAGACCAAGCUCAAGUCGGUGCUGGUGGAUUUCCUGGUGGGCGCCGGGCUCAAGACCAAAUCCAUCGUGAGCUACAACCACCUGGGCAACAACGACGGGAAGAACCUCUCGGCGCCGCAGCAGUUUCGCUCCAAGGAGAUCUCCAAGAGCAACGUGGUGGACGACACGGUGCAGGCCAACCCCAUCCUCUACGGGCCCCAGGACAAGCCUGACCACUGCGUGGUGAUCAAGUACGUGCCCUACGUGGGGGACAGCAAGCGGGCGCUGGACGAGUACACGUCGGAGAUCAUGAUGGGCGGCACCAACACCAUCGUCAUCCACAACACCUGUGAGGACUCGCUGCUGGCCAGCCCCAUCAUCCUGGACCUGGCCAUCCUGACGGAGCUGUGCCAGCGCAUCACCUUCUGCACCGAGGCCGACCCCGAGUUCCAGGGCUUCCACAGCGUCCUCUCCAUCCUCGCCUUCCUCUGCAAGGCCCCGCUGGUGCCCGAGGGCACCCCCGUGGUCAACGCGCUCUUCCGCCAGCGCAGCUGCAUCGAGAACAUCCUGAGGGCCUGCCUGGGGCUGCCCCCCCAGAACCACAUGCUGCUGGAGCACAAGAUGCAGCGACCGGCCCCCAGCCCCAAACGCGCCUGCCCCGGGGGGGCCUCCUGCCCCUUGGCCCCCAAGAAGAGCCCGGUGCCCACCCAGCUCAACGGGCACCCCUGUGCCCCCCGGCCGGGGCCCCCGCACACCCCCCUGCAUGUCGACGGGGCCGACUAACACCCACUGCUCCUUUUCUAUUUGGGAUCAGCUUUUUAGGGGGGUGGG